GCUUUUUUUUUUUUUUUUUUUUUUUUUUAGCAGAACAGGGGAUUUCACUCUGCACCUGCCAAAGACCCUUCUCUUCUCCCCUCUCUGUUCUCUCCUACUGUGAAGUAUCCAGGCUGGUACAUAAAUCCAGGAGACCCAUGAGUGCCAAGAAGCCAGGUCUCCUUUAAUCAGUUUCAGCAGCUUGUUUUCCAGCCAUGCUGAGUUCCAAGCCAAGGCUGCUUCUAUGGGCAGCACCAAGCACAUCUCCCUGAAGGAGGAUCUCUGGAUCCAGUUCAGAGGAACCGUCCCAAGUCAAUGGUUCUGAGGAGCAGUGUGCAAACAGAGCAGCCCUGCAGCUGAAGCCAAGGGUCGGUCCAAUGAGGAUGCCAAUCAGCUCUGUGCCAAGCUCAGCUCAACAUUCCGGAUUCUUUUUUCCGAACCUUCACUUCUGCUAAUCCUCCUUCCAGAGAAAUAUUUAUUCCUUUUUUUUUUAACUUUUAACAUUCCCUUUGAUUUAGAAUAUAGGAGACAAAUGGAGACUAGUGUUUAUAAACAGAGCAUUUUCCUUUAGAUCGUUUAGCCGGGGGUUGCUCCUGUGCCAGAGCUCUAUACAUACCUGCGCUGCCUUUGCUUUUGGACCUAGGAGGGUUUGUCUACUGAAAGGAGGGAGAAAAUGAAGAUGAUUCUGGUUCGGAAGUUCAGGGUGCUGAUCCUGAUGGUGUUCCUGGUGGCCUGCACCCUGCACAUCAUGAUAGAUCUGCUGCCCAAGCUGGAGAAGAGAUCAGUGAGGAGUGAUGGGGAGAUGGGGUGCGCCUGCUCUCAGAAUCACAAUGAGGAGUCCCAACAGCAAGGAUGGGGUAAGGGGAGAGGCAAGAACACAGGAGAACCUGGCUGGCCCAACAAGCACACCCUGAGGAUCUUACAGGACUUCAGCAGUGACCCCAGCUCCAACCUGACUUCUCAUUCAUUGGAGAAGCUGAGCAAAAUGGACAAAAAUGAAUCAUUUAGAAAGCUGGUGGGCCACAGAGAGGCCGCUAAUAAGCUGCUGAUCCAGGAAAGGAGUAUAAACAAAGCUCAUGUUGGCACUGGGCACUCCAGGCUGGCAGCCCUUUUCCAGCACCCCUUGUACCAAAGCUUGGUCCCCCCAUUGAUAGAGGAUGAUGUCUUAAUUGAUGUCAACAGCGAUAUUAGGUUUAACCUCAAAGCUGCUGAGUCCCAGGACUGGCAACAGGAAGAUAAUGAAGGCAAUGAAGAGGUGGCGUAUUUGCCGACGGGAGAAGCACAGGUGGAUUCCUAUCCCAACUGGCUAAAGUUUCACAUUGGCAUCAAUCGUUAUGAGUUGUACUCCACACAGAAUCCUGCUAUAGAGUCUUUGCUCCAAGAUCUGGGCAGUCAGAAAAUCAACACUGUGGCAAUGAAGGCUGGAGGCACGCAGCUCAAACUCAUCUUGACAUUCCAGAAUUAUGGGCAAGCUUUGUUUAAACCAAUGAAGCAAACAAGAGAACAAGAGACUCCACCUGACUUUUUUUAUUUUUCGGACUAUGAGCGGCACAAUUCUGAGAUUGCUUCUUUUCACCUCGACAGGAUUCUCGGUUUCCGUCGUGUGCCACCAGUUGCUGGCAGAUUGGUAAACAUGACUAAAGAAAUAAGGGACAUUACAAGGGACAAGACAUUAUGGAGAACUUUCUUCAUUUCACCAGCUAACAACAUCUGCUUUUAUGGAGAAUGCUCCUACUACUGUUCAACAGAACAUGCACUUUGUGGAAAGCCUGAUCAGAUAGAAGGUUCCUUAGCAGCAUUUCUUCCAGGCUUGUCUCUGGCCAAGAGGAAAAAUUGGAGAAAUCCAUGGAGGAGGUCGUACCAUAAGCGCAAGAAAGCAGAGUGGGAAGUUGACUCUAACUACUGUGAAGGGGUAAAGCAGACCCCACCUUAUGACAGUGGCACUCGGCUCCUUGACCUCAUUGACACAACUGUGUUUGACUUUCUGAUUGGGAAUAUGGAUCGUCACCAUUAUGAGACCUUUGAGAAGUUUGGCAAUGAAACAUUUAUCAUUCACUUGGAUAAUGGAAGAGGAUUUGGAAAAUAUACACAUGAUGAACUCUCAAUCUUGGUACCUUUGAACCAGUGUUGCAGAAUAAAAAAAUCAACGUACCUACGAUUACAAUUACUAGCAAAGGAAGAGUACUUGCUAAGUAGUGUGAUGGAGGAAUCCCUACUACAGGACAAAUUAGCACCUAUCCUUUAUCAGCCACAUCUAGAAGCAUUGGACAGAAGAUUACGAAUAGUUCUAAGAGCAGUCAGUGACUGCAUUGAAAAAUAUAGCUAUAACGAAGUAGUCGAAGAUGAUUGGGACUUAUAUGAACUGAAAGACAAAACAACCAAGAGGUAGUGACGUGAAAAAAACCACUGCUAAAGGAAAUGAAGACAACAGUCUUAAAAAAGGACUGUAUAUGCUCCAGAGUGAAUUCAAUGAAUUCAGAUUAAAGAUGAAAUUGUUCCCACUGUAAUCAACCUAUAGUCAGACACAAAAGAUUAGGUAAUUAAGACAUUUGCAUUAUACGUAGAUUUUUUUGGAUGUGCAUAAAAACGAUAAGGUCAAAGACCCUCGGAGUUGGGAUUAUAAGGUUGAUAUGUUUUCUUUGUACAGAUAGACGGUCUUUAUUUAAAGAAAACGUAUUUAUAUAUGGUAUAUAUAUUUAAGGGAAAAAAUGAUGAUCUACCUACUACUUUUUCUUACAAACAAAAAAUUAUCUGUGAUGGUAAUUUAAGAUAAAAAACACCAAAUGAUUAUUUCGGGAGAAUUUUAACAGCUUUGCUUUAUUUUGAAAGGAUAUGUUUGCAAAUACUAGUACUUUUUUAUUUAAAAAUUGGUUUACUAAUCCAGGUCCUGAAAGGAAUAUGGAUUUAACAGGAUACAAUCCAAGACAACUGUGCAAUGGAAG